UGGCAGACUGUUAGGUGUAGAGUAGCAAAAGACGAAAGCUCGCUUGAAAGCCCAUCUCCAAACACUGAUAAGCUCCAUAUAUAUUUAUAUCUCUCUCUAUAUAUCAUAUAUUUUACUCAGACUUGGCUAUCGACGCUAUUUUUUCUUACACACUCUUUUCUUGCCCUCUUUUUUCUCGGCCACCUCCCUCCCUCCUCUUUCUCCUCCUCCUCUUCCUCCACCUCCUUCUUUUCCUCCUCCUCCUUCUCUUCUCUUGCUCUUCCCUCUCUUGCUCUCCCCCGAGCCCAUUGCCGUCUCGAGUGGCCAGAGAGGACGGGGUGGUUCAUGAUGGGCUCGGUGCUCCCCGCGGAAGCCCUGGUGCUGAAGACUGGCCUGAAGCCGCAAGGGCUAUCUCUGGCCGAAGUGAUCACCUCCGACAUCCUGCACAGCUUCCUAUAUGGUCGCUGGCGGAACGUGCUGGGAGAACAGCUCUUCGAAGAAAAGUCUCACCACGCCAAUCCCAAGACUGCCUUCACCGCAGAGGUCCUGGCGCAGUCCUUCUCCGGAGAGGUGCAGAAGCUGUCGAGUCUGGUGCUGCCAUCUGAAGUGAUCAUCGCUCAGAGCUCCAUCCCCGGGGAGGGUCUGGGUAUCUUCUCCAAGACUUGGAUCAAAGCAGGCACUGAGAUGGGUCCCUUCACAGGGAGGGUCAUUUCUCCGGAGCAUGUGGACAUCUGCAAGAAUAACAACUUGAUGUGGGAGGUAUUCAAUGAAGAUGGCACAGUUAGAUAUUUCAUUGACGCAAGCCAAGAAGAUCAUCGAAGUUGGAUGACUUAUAUCAAAUGUGCCCGAAAUGAGCAAGAGCAAAAUCUGGAGGUGGUACAAAUUGGCAACAGUAUCUUCUACAAGGCAAUUGAGAUGAUUCCUCCGGAUCAAGAGCUGCUAGUUUGGUAUGGGAACUCCCACAAUACUUUCCUGGGAAUUCCUGGUGUCCCAGGGUUGGAAGAAGAACAGAAGAAGAACAAACAUGAGGACUUUCAUCCAGUGGACACUGCCACCAACACUGCGGGCCGCAUGCGCUGCGUCAUCUGCCACCGGGGCUUCAACUCCCGCAGCAACCUGCGCUCCCACAUGCGCAUCCACACCCUGGACAAACCCUUCGUCUGCCGCUUUUGCAACCGGCGCUUCAGCCAGUCCUCUACCCUCCGCAACCACGUCCGCCUGCACACUGGCGAGCGCCCGUACAAGUGCCAGGUGUGCCAGAGCGCCUACUCCCAGCUGGCGGGGUUGCGGGCGCACCAGAAGAGCGCCCGCCAUCGACCCCCCAAUGCCUCGCUGCAGGCCCACUCCCCCGCUCUGCCCGUGCCCCAUCCCACCUCCCUGGCAGCGCACCACAUCCCCACCAUGGUGCUGUGAGAUACCCUGGCUGGCCUGCGGCGGGAGGCAUUGGAAACUGGCAUCGCGGCGCAGCAUUCCCUCCCAUCCUCUCCAUUCCUUCCUUCCCGAGAUCUGUGAAAGCUGACCUCUUGGAAUGGGAAGGGGAGUGCAGAGGAGGGGCAGGUUUCGUGAUUUGGUUUUAAGGCAGCUGAGUAAGUCCCUUCUCCCACUCAGCUUGCAUAGUUUGCAUACUGCCUCCUUCUCCGGGGAGCUUGGGGUGGAGGGGCAGAAGGCAGCGCCCUCAGUAUAUAUACAUAUAUGUUUUCUUCUUACAUCACCUUGGCCCUUCUUACAUCACUUUGGCCCUCGUAAGUCAGUCUGUAUCCUCUGCCCCUCACCUACCUAUCCCCAGAUUGCCAACCUGUAAGCCUUUUCCCUUCUCAGGAAGGGGGUCAGGAAGUGGGUGGGGGAAUGAGCGAGGGAACGAAAAGGAGCGGCCUUGCGCAAUCAAACUUAUCUGUUCCACUUCCCUCGGAACCCCCAGCUCUAAAAAGUUGUGAUCCCACGAAAAUGGACAGCUUGGUGGCGGGAGGGGGGGCGGGGGCGAU